AUGGAUUGGGCCCUCUUUAGCCGUGCUGUGGAGGAUAGCGAUGAGCCAACGCCUGCCUAUAUUUAUCGUGAAGUGGCAAGGUGGACUAUGCAUGACUUGAGGUUGCAGAGGAAGCUUAUUGACGCCCUCUUUACGGAGUUGAACACAACAUCAAGCCCACGAGUGAUGUGUAAAGUGUUGCGCAUAAUUAAAGCUGUUUGCGAAAUGGGACAUGACGGCUUCCAGCAAGAAGUUCAGAAGGGCAGUCGAGUGGCGGUAGUAAAAAGAUUUGUUAGUCAUGGCGCCGUUCCAGGAAAUGCGCAGCAUUCUCAAUUGUGCGAAAAAGUUCGUCAGACGGCACGGGAGGCAAUGGAGGCGAUCUUUGGAGACCACCAAGAAAUACGGAAGGCUGCGAUGACAUCGUAUGGAAGUGGUAGUAGCGUAGAUGUCAAACAUUGUCGAAGUGGGAUUGCGUCGGCUGGUGGGGGUGUGAAGCAACCAACAGAAUCAACUACGGGCACUACUGGUGUUCUAAUUUCAACCGUAGCGGAAAAGGUUGUGUCGAGUCUUGGUAUUCUGACGAAACGAGAAGAGGUUUUGCGUCGUGCGCACGCGAAGGAGCAACUCUACAGUGAUAUUAUUAGGGCCACUUCGAGCAACUCUGGAGAAGGACUCCUGUCUGAAGCGGACAUGAGGGUUCUUCAUUGUCAUGACUCGGGGGUGGCUUUCGAACCGCCGCCAUCUUCAAAUUGCGAAAGCAAUCACAGCACUGACAGCGCAUGGGGAUUCAUAAGCGGCAAUCAAAAAGUUGGGGACGGCUCCGUCGCGUGUGUGAAGGGUGCUGGUGUCAGUGGUCACUCACCGCAGCCACCUAACCCCUUCCAGAUCUGCGUCCAACGCUUGUGCCAGGUGAAGAACACGCCACAGCGGGUGGAGUUGUACGGCUUCGUUACACAGUGCCUUGAAAUAGGAGAGAAAAUGAUGCAGCAGCAGGGAAAUUUUGUGGGUGGAGUUAGCGAAAAAGGUACCGAAGUAAGCUGCUGGAGCCUAUUGGCUGAAGCGGUGGACGAGCAGAUGACUCCUGUUCGUCCUUGGCAACGGCGCCUGAACGCCCUGACUGCGCUUGAGGCACUCUUGCUAGCACGUGGUGACGACCCCAUGACAUCACCGAUGCGUCGUGAUGUAGCAGAUUACUUUUGUAAAAAUCCCCAAGGUGUAGAGCGGAAUGUUUCGGUUGUGCAAGCGACGUUACGAGAGCAGGCGCGCCGUCUUGUGGAACUUCUUUGUCUUCCAGCAGUGAUCUCAAACUCUUCGGUGACCGGCGACUUAGUUACGAUCUCUACUGCUGGCAUCCCAGUGGUACCGAAGGAAGGUCAACUUGUGAAAGGUGUGUUCGACAACUUUAAAGGAUCAUCAUCACCCGAGAGUUUAGUAGGCGGAAUGGAACAUGUAGUUAGCACUGAAAAUGUAACAACUUCACGUGGGCUGGAUGUGACCGGCAUGACAUUGAGGGGUGCUCGUCACCGUUCCAGUAACCGUACAACACUCAGAAGGCGAGCACCGGUGCUUGAGGCACGGAGAGGUGACAUUGAUGGUAAAGGUGUUUUCAGCGGUGACAGAGGACCAUCUGAAAUAAGUAGAAGUGCUGGUUGUGGUGGUGCUUCAACAGACGCCUUUCCUGCCGGAACAGACGCGGAUCUGUGCCCGUUCCACUAUGUUGAUGAGAAGUUACGCGAUGGGGGAGCAACACGUGACAAGUUUUUCACGGAGCAGGGCGCUUCCCCACCUAUUGGCAACAGUGUGUUAGAUGAGCUUUUUGGGGGAACAACAAUGUGUUCCACGGUUUGCCAAGCUCCUUCCGGAUGUGCACUUCCCGCCGGUGGUACUAGUCUUUGGGGAGGUGGAACUGAAAUAAAUGGCUUUGACCCUUUUUCGGAAACCAGCGGUACUUCGGGCGACAGAACGACACUUCCGACUGCAACGUCGCAACAACAACUGAGGUCGUCACAGUCCUGGGCUUGCUUUGAACCGGCAAAGCAGACUAUUGAUUCUGACGGGGACGGUCGUACGCCAAAAACAGCGAGCUUUGUUUCUCCUGAAGUUUUCACUGGAACGAUCGCCCAUGCAGUCGCAACAUCAGGUUCAUCUUAUCAAAUAGCUCAACCGCAGCAGCGGAUGGAGUGGCUCACGGGCAACCCACAGGGAAGCCACAGCCCUGCAGGAGUUUCCCACUUUCAAGCGCCGCAAGCUCAGCAGCAGCAUCUAAUGCAUCUAAUCUCACAACCCCAACAAUUGCAACCUGCGGACCGAAUCAGCAGUGAGGCCGAUGGCUUAACCCCCACUGUCACUGUCGAUCACUGCCCCAACACUACAACCGUGCACACACAUUCACACUUUAUGAUGGGUGAGGUGCCCGACUCUGCCAAUGCCGUGAGAGAAACGCUCCUUAAGUUGCAGGCAGAUAUGAAAGCCAGUAUAUCUGCAGCGAAAUUACAGUACCAAAGUGAAUGA